UCUCAUGGCACUAAGCAGAUUUGCCAGUAGGUAUGGGAAGCCAGAAGAGAUAUUCUCCGACAAUGCGACUUGUUUUCGAGGAGCGUGGAACGAAAUGGUAAAGGCCAAACUACAAAUCAACAGAAAGUGCGCCGAGGAAUUCAUCAGUUCAACUACUGCCUGGUAUUUCAAUCCCCCCGGCACCCCGCACAUGGGCGGUGUUUGGGAACGGAUGGUGCGGUCUGUAAAGGAAUCGAUGAAAGCGCUGGAUGACGGAAGGAAACUCACUGAUGAAAUCCUGAAAACAACAGUAGCAGAAGCAGCUGAUAUGAUUAACACGCGUCCACUCACGUACAAGCCUCAGGAACCCGCAGGCGAGGAAGCACUAACGCCAAACCAUUUUCUGCGAGGUGCAGUGACCAGUGCGGAUCUCCAGGUGGAGCCAGUGAGUGCAGCGGAGGCUCUACGAAACGUUUACAAACGUGCCCAGUACCUAAGCGACCGUAUGUGGGAGCGGUGGAUCACCGAGUAUCUACCUACGAUCAACAAACGCAGCAAAUGGUUUGACGAUAAGCGACAGUUGAGUGUUGGGGAUUUAGUUUUUUUGGUGGAUGGGAAAAUUCGGAAGAAUUGGAGGCGUGGAAAGAUAGUAGAAGUAUUUCCGGGAACAGACGGGACCAUUAGACAAGUCAGCGUGAGGACAGCAGACGAGAAGCUACAUCGCCGGGGAGCGGUUAACAUUGCGGUAAUGGAGAUAGUUGAAGGUAAAUCCGGAACAAGAAGCAACGCCGGAUGUUACGGGCCGGGGUCUGUUACCGCGACUGAACCUGCAAGCGGAGCAUCCCUCGGUCGAUGGUGACGUUUGGUUUUUCGCAACUAGCUCCCGCUCCUUGUGUCCGUGUGAGAACUGUCAAAAAACCUAAAAAGUUCACAUGUGGUUUGUGAUAUUCUUCUCCUGGACCUGCUAUUGGAAAUAUUACGGAAUUAACUGAAUACUUACCGAAAACAAAAGUAGGAAAGAGGAAAGGAAGAUAGUUAGAAAAG